UGACUUUGGAAAUUAAAAAAAUCUUCAAGGGCGAAAGUUGAACCUUAUGCAGAAUUUUCAGACAAUGGUUUAUUACAAUCCUUCCAGUCCUUGUGAAUUCUGAUUGUGAAAGACCAAGAUGAGUCAAUUUGAUAAAAUAUACAGGAGCUUGCUCUUUACUAAAUUCUUUGCUAAAGGUUUAGGCAAGCCUGAAGAUAUUAAGAGGGUUUUGGAUUUUAGAAAAAUUGUUUCAAAUCGUGAAACUUGUAAAGAUUUAGUUGAAAGAGAUUAUCCAAUACAUAUUGACAAGGAUGUAGCGUAUAAAGAUUGCCGUAUAAUGGAAGGUCAUUUCACUUCACCAUUUGUUAAAUAUUUGCCUGGUAUAGCACCUAAAGAAGUAGAAACUGCUCAUUUUCAGAUGGUGGUACCUCUACAUUGGAAGAAAUCAGUUGGAUUAAAACCAGUUUGUUUGCAACUAGCUGGCACUGGAGAUCAUUAUUAUGGUUUAAGAAGAACAUUGAUGGCAAAACCACUAAUCAAUGAAAGUGGAAUAGGUUCUAUUAUAUUACAAAAUCCCUACUAUGGUCAAAGGAAACCAAGUGAGCAGAUGCGUUCUAGUCUACUCUAUGUUAAUGAUUUAUUUAUUAUGGGGCUAGGGUUAAUAUUAGAAUGUUUAGCAUUACUACAUUGGUGUGAGAGAGAAGGUUAUGGACCACUUGGUAUUCAUGGUAUAUCACUUGGAGGUCAUAUGGCGUCACUGGCAGCUACUAAUUGGAAUAAACCCAUUAGUUUAAUACCGUGCCUGUCUUGGAGCACUGGUUCUUGUGCCUUUACUCAUGGAGUAUUAAGUGGUGCUGUCAACUGGAAUGUCCUACAGUCACAGUAUUACGAAGACAGCGAUUAUCAGGAAAUACAGAAUCGUAUUAUAACGCCAGAUUUAAACAAGGGAGCCUAUCCACUAGGUAAACAAUUUGUGAAAGAUUAUCCAGACAGUUUAAAGGUUGUUGAAUCAUUGAGUCAGGAGUCAAAAGGACUCGAACACAGUGAGAAAGAUUCCUUUGCUAAGGAAGUGAAUAUGAAUUUAUCAGCAGAUGCAAUGCCAAUUUCUGCCGAUGCUGUGCCUGUUGUGAAUUCUUACGGUUCUCGAUUAAAAUCAAUACCACAAACAUUGAAAUAUGCAGCUUCAAAGUCAAAACUUUCCGUUCCAAAAAUGGCAGCAGAUGCAACAAAAAAACUGAAAUUAAAUGGCAAAAAAGGAUUUAGUCCUGAAUCCAUGGCAUUUCUGCAAGGUGUCAUGGACGAGUGUACUCAUUUAGCUAACUAUUCUGUUCCUGUAGACCCUCGGCUGAUUAUAGUGGUUGCUGCUGAAAAAGAUGCCUAUAUUCCACGGGAUGGUCUAGUCAGUCUGGAUCAGUUAUGGCCAGGUGCUGAAAUUCGAUACAUCAAUACAGGACAUGUUACUUCCAUAAUCUUUAACCAAAGUGUCUUCCGAAAAGCAAUACAAGACUCGUUUCAACGGCAAAUCAAGUUAUAUUACAGCUGAUAUGAAUUGUCAUUUCCAUGCUGAGGCCAAAGAUAAUUUUAGUUAACUGCUGCAAUUGAUUUUAAGUUUUCUAUCAGAAAGCUAUAAUUCAGGAUCUUUAUAUUUACCCUGGCACAAAUUUUUGCUCUUCAAAACUAAACAAGAAUAAUUUGGUAAAGCUCAUUUUCAGGAACAUCUGAUGGCUCUUUGUGACUCUGUUUGCCAAGGUGACAAGAGACUAUCUAAAAGCCACAUAUCUAAUAUUGUUUACUAAGUGUAUUAUUCAUGUUUAUUGAUAAUCAUAUCAAAAUGGUAAAGAAAACUUAUUGAAUGUGACCACGAUAUAAUGAACUAAUCAUGGACCAUACACUGUACUUGUUAUCACUCGGAAGUAAAAAGUUUCCUUUUGGAGUUGGAAAGUAGUAAUUAUCAUUUGGUCAGUAUUCAGUAAACAUCUCUGAAUAUAAAUAUACUUUAUUCGCAUAAUAAUUAUAUCACGUGUUUAUGAUUGGCUGCCUUACAGUCUUACAUCACAACUUGGAAAAUUGAGUUUCUCACUUGGAAAUGUGAAAUCCCACAAAGUUUAAUUGAUUUUGAAUAUUUUCUUCUGGGAAGCUUUCCCAAUUUUCCGAGAGGUACUAUAUACAGCAUUAAUCCUAUCAUGCACUGUUUUGUGAUACAUUAUAGUAUCUUAGCUCAUUGAUUCAAGGCUUAAUGAUAACCUCAAUACUGCUGAUUUAUUAUCUGGGCAUUAUGAUUGUUUAAUCACACAGUUGACUCACAUUUAUUAGAUAAUAUGUUAAUCAGGGAUUUCAUUUGAGUAUUUUGGUUUCCUCUCUAAGGCUGAUUUGUAACUGCUAAACACUCAAGCUCAACGAAAUUGCUGUUCGUUUGGAAUUUUCUCAAAACUCCAUUGUGUUUUCCAGUAAUCUUGUAAUUUGGCUACUCUUGAUAUUUUAAGUUAAGCUUACUUUACCUCAGUAAUCCUUAUGUCUGCUGUCUUCACUUUGAAGGUUUACCAAUGUCUGCUAUCGUUACUUUGAAGUUUUACCAAUGUCUGCUAUCUUCACUUUGAAGUUUUACCAAUGUCUGCUAUCUCUACUUUGAAGUUUUACCAAUGUCUGCUAUCUCUACUUUGAAGUUUUACCAAUGCCUGCUAUCUCUACUUUGAAGGUUUACCAAUGCCUGCUAUCUCUACUUUGAAGUUUUACCAAUGUUUUGUCAUGUGAUUGUGAUAUUGUGGCCUGGCCUGCAUUAUACACCCAAUACUAUGUUAUGAUUAUCUGUUAACAAAUUAUGCAUUUGAUUACCAGACCAACCUUAUAAUCAUUAUAUUUCUGAUUUUGUAUUUGGUCUAAUGCCGGAAUUGGACCUUCAGUUUAGUGAGCUAGAGUCUAACCGUGGCUCUCAGUCAUGUGACUAAUUUUGUAUUUGUUUUAUGUUUGAUUUAGUCAGUAUGCAAUGCAAUUCAGUAUUUUAUUUUUAUUAAAUCAUGUGUUUUGAAAUUAUUGUUAUUUUAGAAGAAGGUAUAAUUUGUAAUU